GCGGGAGGUCCCCGGGUCUCGGGUCGGGGGGGUGGAGCCGCACUUCGUCGCCGCGGGGGUGCCGGGACUCCGGCCGCAGUGCCGCCGCCAUCACGGACUUCCUGUGGGACAAGCGCACGGGCCUCGCCGCCAGAACGAAUGCCGCGUGGUCCGCUUGGGAAGACAGAGAUCCGGUCCUAAUAACUGUAGAACAUUUUCACGACGAUGUAUCCUAAGAUGCUCCUCUGUUGAGCUGUGAGGAAGCGUGGAGUGGCACAGAUGUAGUGUAGCUGCCCAACCAAGGACAAGCUGGCCGUCUCCAUCAGUUGCACAGCCUCCCCUCUAGUGAGCUGGGGCCCAGGCCUGAAGUUCUUCCUGGAGCCUCGUUUGAGGAGAGUCAGUGGGAACAAUGAGAUGAAGGGGCUGGCUGGGGUGGGGGGUGGGCACUCCUGGAGUUUCCCGCCAGCAUUCGCCAGACGAUCCAUACCACACUCCACUCAGGAGAAGUUACAAGCACAAGGAAGGCCGAGGAAGUUGUAGGUUGUAAAAGGAGUAAAAGGGCUCAAGGCAGCUCAGCAUCUCUGGAACAGCCAGGCCUCGGAGCAGAAUCCUGAAAAUGCAGAGCUUUUCCCCACUAUUUCUGUUUUUCCUUCCCUUCCAGAUGCCUCAUCCCCGAAGGUACCAUUCCUCAGAGCGAGGCAGCCGGGGCAGUUACCAUGAGCACUAUCGGAGCCGAAAACAUAAGAGACGAAGAAGCCGCUCCUGGUCCAGUAGCAGUGACCGGACACGGCGGCGCCGGCGGGAAGACAGCUACCAUGUCCGCUCCCGGAGCAGUUACGACGAUCGCUCCUCGGACCGGAGGCCCUACGAGCGGCGCUGCUACGGCAGCUAUCGGCGCAGCGGUUGCAGCCGGGACCGGGGCGAGGCCUACGGUGAGCCCGACUACCGGCGUUCGUACGAGUACCACCGAGAGGACAGCAGCUACCGCAGCCAGCGCAGCAGCCGCAGGAAACACCGGCGGCGGAGGCGGCGCAGCCGGACUUUCAGCCGCUCGUCUUCGCAGCACAGCAGCCGGAGAGCCAAGAGUGUAGAGGACGACGCUGAGGGCCACCUCAUCUACCACGCCGGGGACUGGCUACAAGAGCGAUAUGAAAUUGUAAGCACUUUGGGAGAAGGGACCUUUGGCCGAGUUGUGCAGUGUGUCGACCAUCGUAGGGGUGGGGCUCGAGUUGCCCUGAAGAUCAUUAAGAAUGUGGAAAAGUACAAGGAAGCAGCUCGACUUGAAAUCAAUGUCCUGGAGAAAAUCAACGAGAAGGACCCUGACAACAAGAACCUCUGUGUGCAGAUGUUCGACUGGUUCGACUACCACGGCCACAUGUGCAUCUCCUUCGAGCUUCUGGGCCUCAGCACCUUCGAUUUCCUCAAAGACAACAACUACCUGCCCUACCCCAUCCACCAAGUGCGCCACAUGGCCUUCCAGCUGUGCCAGGCUGUGCAGUUCCUGCAUGACAACAAGCUGACCCAUACGGACCUCAAGCCUGAAAAUAUUCUGUUUGUGAAUUCAGACUAUGAGCUCACCUACAAUCUAGAGAAGAAGCGAGAUGAGCGCAGCGUGAAGAGCACCGCGGUGCGGGUGGUGGACUUCGGCAGCGCUACCUUUGACCACGAGCAUCACAGCACCAUCGUCUCCACUCGCCAUUACCGGGCACCGGAGGUCAUCCUCGAGCUGGGCUGGUCGCAGCCUUGUGACGUGUGGAGCAUAGGCUGCAUCAUCUUCGAGUACUACGUUGGCUUCACACUGUUCCAGACCCAUGACAACAGAGAGCAUCUAGCCAUGAUGGAAAGGAUCUUGGGUCCCAUCCCUUCCCGGAUGAUCCGAAAGACAAGGAAGCAGAAAUAUUUUUACCGGGGUCGCCUGGACUGGGAUGAGAACACGUCAGCUGGGCGCUAUGUUCGAGAAAACUGCAAACCGUUGCGGCGGUAUCUGACCUCAGAGGCAGAGGAACACCACCAGCUCUUCGAUCUGAUUGAAAGCAUGCUAGAGUAUGAACCUGCUAAGCGGUUGACCUUGGGUGAAGCCCUUCAGCAUCCUUUCUUCGCCCGCCUUCGGGCUGAGCCACCCAACACCAAGUUGUGGGACUCCAGUCGGGAUAUCAGUCGGUGACGAUCAGGCCCUGGGCCCCCCUGCAUCUCCUCCAGCAGUGGGUGUCCAGUCCAGGACACUGGUGCUUUUUUAUACAAGAGAACAGAGCCGGAGCCCACCCCUUCCUCCUGGCUCCCUGUAUACCUGUGAAUAUGUGAAAUAGUGUAAAUACGGAAGGACUUGUACCUGUUGCUCCCUCCCCAGCCUUGUACAGAACGCUGUUCCGUCCCGCACACUUCCCGGCCUCCCCUGCCUCCGCACAGUGGCGUUGGAUGGGGACAGGAGGCAGUAACCAGGUGGCACCUCUCCCAUGUUUUAUAAGGAAUUUUGUACAGUCUUUGUGAAAUAAAAAUGACGUGCUUCAUCGGA